UAACUGUAGAUUGAUAGACAAGUGUUUUUUUUUGUUUUGUUUUUGUUUUUGAAGGACUGCGCGUCUCGGCGUGCGUAACGAUCUUUCAGUAGAGAUCCGAGCCCUUGUUUUUUUUUAGUUGUUGUUAGUUUUUAUUUUUAUUUUUCUUUUGAAGCUGAAGGCUCGUGCAUUGUAAAUAAUGGCACUCGCUAGAUUCAGCAAAAUUCUUCGUCUGCCCGCUCUGGAGAUCAAGAAGAAAGUGAAGCAGUACGAGCACGUCCACCGGGACAUCAAUCCCAACGACCUGUGGGAAAUUAUUGGCGAGCUGGGCGACGGCGCGUUUGGAAAGGUCUACAAGGCCAGGAACAAAGAGACAGGAGUUCUGGCUGCGGCCAAAGUGAUCGAGACAAAAUGCGAAGAAGAGUUGGAGGACUACAUGGUUGAGAUCGACAUCCUGGCUAAAUGUGACCACCGCUACAUUGUCAAGCUGCUAGACGCAUUUUACCAUGACAACAACCUGUGGAUCAUGAUCGAGUUCUGCCCUGGAGGUGCUGUGGAUGCCACAAUGCUAGAGUUGGAUCGUGGGCUGACGGAGCCACAGAUUAAGGUGGUUUGUCGCCAGAUGUUGGAGGCUCUGGACUACCUCCACGGCAUGAAGAUCAUCCACAGAGACCUGAAGGCCGGCAACGUCCUCCUCAUGCUGGACGGGGACAUCAAGCUCGCUGAUUUCGGCGUGUCUGCGAAAAACACCAAAACCCUACAAAGAAGAGACUCUUUCAUUGGAACGCCGUACUGGAUGGCCCCGGAGGUGGUAAUGUGCGAGACUAUGAAGGACGCUCCGUACGACUACAAGGCCGAUAUCUGGUCCCUGGGUAUCACUCUGAUCGAGCUCGCCCAGAUCGAACCCCCACACCAUGAGCUCAACCCCAUGAGGGUGCUGUUGAAGAUCGCCAAGGCGGAGCCUCCCUCCCUGGAGCAGCCACACAAAUGGUCGCAGGAGUUUAAAGAUUUCCUGAAGAAAGCUUUGGAUAAAAACCCAGAGACUCGUCCAACUGCAGUGCUACUCAUGGAGCACCCUUUUGUGAGAUCGGUGACGUCUAACCGUCCGCUGCGGGAGCUGGUGGCCGAGGCCAAGGCGGAGGUCAUGGAGGAAAUCGAGGACAAUAGAGAGGAAGGAGAGGAGGACGACGCCAUGGAGCUCACUGUGUCACCAGGCAAGGAGCCAUGCCAGACCAGUCAGACCAGUUUGGAAGGUGACCAGUCUGCAGACACCCCGAGCCCCACCACGCCCUCCCCAACCACACCAAUACCUUUACCCAGGAAGGGGGCCGAGCCAGAUACACCAACAGAGGAGCAGCCAGGCCCCAUCAUGGUGGUCCCUGUUCCCGUACCGCGGCAGAACGUCCCUCCAAAAGAUCCAGAGGAGCUGGCCGACAAACUGGCCGAAGUCGUUCUUGAGUCUGAAAAAUCUGAAAGCGAGGCCUCAAGCAAGACGUCCAGCUCAGACUCAGGCAUUGAGGAUGGAAAGAGCACCCCCACAUCAGAGGAGGAAAAGGUUGCCAUGGAGACCCCAGAGAGGGAGCAGCCACCGUCUCUCCCCCGACCCGAGGCAUCUGAGGAGCAUGUUGACAUCAUCAUAGUCCCAGAGAUGCCCAAGAUCCAGGUUCCCAAGGAGGAGAGCAGCGUUAUGUCCAACGGAAACCUACCAACUCCAAGCCAAAGUCCCACUGUCACUCCUGUACCCACUCCCGCAGCCUCUUCCGCUCCCACCCCGGUCCCUACGCCCCGUUCUGGGCCGAAUGAGAGCCUGACCAAGGAUACCCCAGAGCGGACAUCGAUAGGAGGAAAUAUUGAGACUGUCUCACCUUAUAUCAAUGGAGGGAUCAUCAACAAACGGUACUCUUACUCAGGCAGCAUGGCAUCUGAGAGCAUGGACAUGUCGAUCCACAGGGAGACCAUCUCAUUGUCUGCAAGGGACUUCUCAAGUAAGACUCUGAAGCGAACCAGGAAGUUUGUUAUUGACGGUGUGGAGGUGAGUGUGACCACCUCCAAGAUCAUCAGGGAUGAUGAGAAGAAAGAUGAGGAGAUGAGAUUCCUGAGACGCCAGGAGCUGCGUGACCUCCGUUUGCUGCAGAAGGAAGAGCACCGUGCUCAGGCCGCUCUCAACGCCAAACUGGAAACGCAGAGGGAACAGAUGCAGAGACGUUUUGACCAGGAGAUGAAUACCAAGAAGAAGCACUACGACGGGGAGCUGGAGACUCUGGAGAAGAAUCAGAAGCAGACUAUUGAGAAGAUGGAGUCAGACCACAACAUUAGACUCAAAGACGAGACCAAACGCAUCAAAUCAGAGCAGGAACGAGACCACCACAAGUUUCAGGAUCAUAUGAAACACAAGAAAAAGGAGGUAAAACAGUCUGUUGAUAAGCUGCCCAGAAGUCAGCGUAAAGAAUCCUUGAAACACCAGAUGAAUUCCUUCCAAGAAAUAAAAGUUAAAGAGGAGGAGAAAUUCUUGUCGGCUCAGAAGAACUACCUGGACACCACGCUGAUGAAAAUCCUCACAAACAACAAGAAAGAGAUUGCAGAAAUGGAAAGGGAAUGCCUUAACAGGAAGCAUAACCUAGUUAGAGAGCGUGAAGCUACGAUAUGGGACAUGGAGGAGAAAAAUCUCUACGAGAGACACCAGUUACUGAAGCAGCAGCUGAAAGAUCAGUACUUCCUCCAGAGGCAUCAGCUUCUUAAAAAACACGAGAAGGAGCAGGAGCAGAUGCAGUGCUACAAUCAGCGAAUGAUUGAGAUUCUGAAAGCCCGGCAGCAGCAGGAGAAGAACCGGAUGCCAAAGAUCCAGCGUAGUGAAGCCAAGACCCGCAUGGCCAUGUUCAAGAAGAGCCUCCGCAUCAACUCGACGGGAAGCGCCUCAGAGGACAGAGAGAAGAUCAAACAGUUUUCUCAGCAGGAGGAUAAGCGGCAGAAGUCAGAGAGGCUGCAUCAGCAGCAGAAACACGAGAACCAGAUGAGAGAGAUGAUUGGUCAGUGUGAAAGCAAUAUCAGAGAGCUGCAGCAGCUACAGAAUGAGAAAUGUCACCUGCUGGUUGAGAAUGAGACCCAGAGGCUGAAGCAUCUGGAUGAGCAACACAACCAGCUGAUGAAGGAAUGGAGGGAUCAGCUGAAACCCAGAAAGAAGGCCCUCGAAGAAGAGCUGAACAUGAAGAAAAAGGAGCAGGAGGUUUUCUUCAAGAUGGGUGAGGGUUCUGAAUGCCCAAACCCCAGUUCUCCCACCAAACUCUCCAAGUUUGUGCCUUUCCAAGACUCUUCUACCACAUAAAAGCAGCCGCUGUGAUAUUGCACGACGUCGCCUGGCCACUGAUAGCACCUACACAUAAGCGUACACACUCUCACCCAUACACCGGCAGGCAUUAUAGUUGUCUGCUGCCUUCAGUUUUAAUUUGCUUUGCCAGUAAUGGCAGCACGCCUAUCCCUCCAUUAGGUUCCUUUAUUGUUUUAGUGAAUAUUUAUGUGUUAACUCAUUUUUCUUUGAAAGUGUUGUAGUAUCUGAUUGACUUCAAACUCGUGAUGUGCUUCGUGACUCAGCUACUUAGUAUCUGCUUCCAUACAGUGUUCUGAUUCACUUUCUUAGUCCGCUCCUUUAUAGCUUACCAGUGAAACAUUAGGAUAACAUGAUACAGUGGCUGUUAGUUUGGGUGAGCUGAAGAUACCAAACUAAUAACGAGUCUUAAUAAGUAAAUAUUGAGGAAAAUUUUGGUUGGGUAGAAGUAGCACCCAGCGAGGGUAUUUCUUUUUCGCAUGAUGAGGAGGAAUGUUUGUUUCUAUGAAAGCUGGUGAGCCAGAGACUAAGCACUUUUUUGUUUACCCCCAAAUUAUCAGUGCCGUCUUCCAAAUGUGACCAAAAACACACCCAAAAAUGAAUGAUUUAGUGACCCCCCUACAUGUCAUAUAGCUGCCAAAGUCUGCGCAUAUUUAUUUUUACUGAUAAAGAAAAACCUUUUCCAGAUUUAUCACUGUAAAUGCUAAUUUUAAUAUUUUCCUUUAUUUUUAUUUUUUUAACCAACACCCAUGGUAUGAAGGAUGUACUCAUUAUUAUCUUGUUUAAAAUGGGGGAUGAGGCUAAAUCCAAAGUUAUCAGAAUUUAAAAUUUCUUUUAAAUGAUUAUUUAGGAAUGAGAUUUUAACAGACAAGGGAAGACUAAUUGUUAUUCACAUAGUGUUGAUGUUAUGUUAUGUUUUUCUGUUGUAUUUUUACUGUAAAAAUCAUUCACACUGGAUGGGAACUGACAAAGCCAAAGCAAAGAUACUGUUAUGUUCUUUGAAGGAUGUUAAACAGGGGAUUUAAAUCUAGAUUUAAAAAAGAAAAAAGGUAUUAAGUGUAUAAUAGUUAUACCAUGUGCAGUAGUGCACUGCCUGCUAACCAAAGUGCAAUAUUACAUGUAUGUCUUUGCUAACCUUUAAAGAGGUUUUAUUUUUCGUAAUUUGCCUUCCUUUGCACUGAGAGGGAGAGCAAUAUGAAGAGUUUCACCAAAAACAGAUGCGUCAACAUUUUUAGAAAGAGAUGAUGCUUAAAAUGAUUUCAUCUUCAUCAUUUUUUGUUCUUGGCAAGCAAUAACUUAAGAGGUAUAAUCUUUCAAAUGAUGAUCUGAUUUUGGAAGAUAACUCUUCAUAUCAGUUUUAAGGGAGUGCAACAAUUCAGUCUGCUGUAAGACGCCUGUAGAUGUUUAACCUUCAACUGAAACCUUUAGUUUGCAGCUGAAGAACUUGUUGCCUUGUUAAAUGAGAGAAAGUGCUUUUUUUUUUUCUUUUAGAGCAGUUUGGCCUGCAGAUUUACAUAGAAGCAGGUCAGCAAUCAGGUACAGCUUAAUCUCUCUCUCCCUCUCACACACUGUCUCAGAAGUAUUUAAAGUUGUUGUAAAAAUACCCUUUUCUGUCAUGUUUAAUGGCUCCAUCUAGGUCUUCCUCUGCCUCAGUUUACAUAACAUUGUUUGCAUGGAGGGGUGGGGCGGGGGUAGUGAGUGUGAAUGAAACUGUAUCAGAAGGAACCACUGUUGUAAAUAACUCUUAAUAAAUGCAGAUUUUCUAAUUA